UUUGCUUUCUUAUUUGUUUCGUUGGGGACGUCUUUCAUUUUGUUUUAUAUCUCUGAGGGUUGCAUUUUAUAUCUCUGAAAAUUGUAUUUAAGCAAUUAAAUUGGUAUUAUAGAAACAUGCCAAUAUUUCAAAAUUCACCGGCCACUUUAUUACCGGACCAUACCACUCACAGCCAGAAUGAACAAACGAAAAUGUUAAUUUAAAGUUACAAACGUAAGUAUACGCAGAAGAAAUCGAUACCAGCCCACCUUAAAUCCAACGCUCUCGACUCGAAGAGUACCAAAAUACUCCCACUAAAAAAGUGAUUGCAAAACCUUAAUCGCACACAAGAAGAAGACGCUAGUAUACAACUUUAGAUGGUGUACGCUUUGUCCCAAUAAUUCUCCCAGUACCAGUAACAAUGUUCGCUGUGUAAGGUGGAAGUAUUAUUAUCUAUUUCAUUCAUUAAAUUUACUUCGUAACCCCCCAAUUAUAAAAGUGGAAAAUAUAGGCUGCUUUAAGAAUAUCUAACCAAACGACAUGGCCGCUGCUACAACACCGAUAUCAUCUAAGUUUAGCGAUGUCGAUGAAUAUGGCUUCAAACGCCCAGAGAAUUUCGACUACAAGGCGUACGAACAAUUCAUGUCAAAUUAUCUGAAAACACUGGCUAAGCGUCGCAAAAGAUGGGAGGAAAUUUUAGAGGAAAAUGUUGAUCUCAGUAACAUUAAUUCCAAGCUGAAGCGCUACAUAAGGAAAGGAAUACCAGGCCCAUUCCGUCCUGAUGUAUGGAUGCGCAUUUCUGGUGCUUAUAAAUUACAAGCCAAGUCUCCUGAUCUCUACCGCAGUUUAUUGAAUGCUCCACACGAAAAAGAAAUCAGUGAUUCCAUAUCAAUAGAUCUACCUCGUACUUUCCCCGACAAUAUAUUCUUCGAAACUAAAAAGGAUAGUCUUUAUAAUAUCCUUAUUGCCUAUGCUCACCAUAAUCGUGAUGUAGGAUACUGCCAAGGAUUGAACUAUAUAGCCGGCCUGUUGCUUAUCGUCACCGAGGAUGAGGAGAAGUCAUUUUGGUUGCUCAAACACAUGGUAGAAAACAUUGUGCCACAAUAUCACACCAAGAAUAUGGCUAAUCUUUUACGGGACAUGGCGGUUUUCAAGGAGAUGGUGAUACGCAGGGUUCCUGCUGUCAACAAGCACAUUGAAAACCUAGGAUUGCCAUAUGCCGUAAUAGCAAGCAAGUGGUUCAUAUGCGUAUUCGCAGAGGUUCUUCCAGCUGAGACAGUUUUAAGGAUUUGGGACUGUGUCUUUUCUGAGGGAUACAAGAUCGUUUUCCGUGUGGCUCUCACCAUGUUCAAAACGCACAAAUCGGCUAUACUAGCAGCCGAUGAUAUAGGCGCAUUGGCCAAUUUCUUCCGCGAGGUAUUAAUCCACGACGAAAUCGUUACUGACUGCCAUACAUUUAUGCAAAAGGUGUUUGAACUGCGCUUGAAGCGUAGCGAAUUGGAAAGUUUACGAAAAGUUUGCGUUGGACGCAACAAUACCUAAAAGACUUCCGACUUAAUUUACAUUAUCGCAUCGUAACCAUGA